CUGAAAUCAUAUUCGUCAACCGUUACACAGUUCCAAAAAUUUACUGGCUUGUGGAUGUUUAUCUGGUGGUGCGUAUUAUCUAUUGUCCUUCUCACGAAUGCACCUGAUUACUGUGCAUCAGUUGUUUUGGUUGCAAAUGAUACUAACUUCGACUCACUAAUAUCUGAAUAUGAUAUAGCAUUACUGAAAUUCUCAGCAGAAUGGUGUUAUUAUAGCCAAAUGUUGGCGCCAAUCUAUGAACAGGCCUCGGAUAAGAUUACUGAAUUGACAAAAAGUCAUAAAGCUGCUUUUAUCUCAAUAGAUUGUGAAAGUAGUCAAAAUAUAUGCACCAAACAUUAUAUCCGGAAAUAUCCUACAAUUAAAAUUACAAAAUAUGGUAAAAUGCUAAAAAGUGAAUAUCGUAAUGAAAGAAGUGUUGAGGCACUUGUUAAAUUUGUUGAAGAUAGCCUAAAGUUUCCAGUUGAAAUUAUCAAUGGUCAUCGGGAUAAACCGACAACAAUUUUGGAUAGUUGGGUAAAUAAAAGUGUUGAGACGAAAUGUAUAUUGGCAUUGGUUGAUCAGUUGGAUACACCUCAUAUGGAUUUAUUUAAAAAAGUCGCUGCUAUUGAACAAAGCUCAUGUAAAUUUUACAUAUAUUAUAAUUUAACAACGAAUGACGAACGACUUGCAACAUACGAUAAUAUGGUUUCUAAAAUUAAAUCAUUAACCAUUUUGAAAAAUGCCGAUCUUACUGCAAUACAUAAUUGGAUAAAGAAUCAAUGCAAUAGUUUAGUACGUGAAAUUACAUUUAGUAAUGCAGAAGAAAUCACUGAAGAACGUUUACCAUUAAUGUUAUUAUUUUAUAAUCCAGAUAAUAAAACAAUUGUUAAUCGUUUCAUGGAAUUUGUCAAUUCACAUUUAAGUCAUCAUCAAUCCACAAUCAAUUUUGUAACAGCAAACGGAAUCACUUUUUCACAUCCAUUAGCUCAUCUAGGCAAAUCUAAAGAAGAUCUACCGUUUAUCUGUUUAGACUCAUUUGCACAUAUGUAUGUAUAUCCUGGAUCAAUAGAGAUGGCAUUAAGUGAUCCAAAACACUUGGAUCAGUUUGUUGAAGAUCUAAAAUCUGGAAAACUACACAUGGAAUAUCAUUAUGGACCAAGCAGUGAAACAACGACUACAUCUCCAAAAACCGUGGAUGACGAAUCAGUCAAAACUACACCACAUGUUUCUGUAUUCCAACAUUUAAGUCCAUCAAGAAUGCGAUAUACAAUUAUACAUGAUGAAUUCUAACAAAAUAUAAACAUAUAGGUAUAUGUAUACACAUAGUCUGGCAUCCUGUAAUUUUGUUCAUAUGACACAUCUUCUUUUUGAAUACAUUAAACCUAUAGAAUUGGGAAAAGGAACAUGAUUGAUGUUUUGUGUUCUGUUCUCACUAUUUCUCCCUCUAUCUACACGUACGUUAUUUUUUGUACGAUCAAUUCUAUAAUUUCUUUACUUAUAAAGGUUUGUAUGUGUGUAAUGCUAUUGCAUGUGUACACAUGCAUGUUAUCCUCUACUUCUUGUUCUUCUCACCAUCUUUCUUCUCUUAGUAAGUGCCAUUAUUUUGAAUGAAACAAUCAUUAUUCUGGUUGUUUAUUUUCCUUUUAAGAGUCAUUUUGUUGUUGUACAUUUUUUCUACUCAAAAAAAAACAUAAUUGAAUAAAUAAAUAAUAAUUCGAAUAGACGACAAUAUGACUGUGAAUGUAUUGUUAAAGGGAGCGAGAGAGAGAGAGGAAGUUCUUCUAAGAGUUGUUUGUCUCUGCUCAGUUUGAAUCUGCUUUUCUUUCUCCCUCUCUCUUUUUCUAAAUAUCUUAUUGUACUUUCAAACUGUGUUACUUUGAGUAGUGAAGUAUUUUGUUCAUUAAUUUGACUAGUUCACUAUGUACUAUGUACUCUUUUAUUGAAAAAAAAAGUUUUGUAAUUAGAUCAUUUCUUUUCUAAUUAUUAUUGUUAUUGUCUUUCAUAGUUUCUUAUUUCUUAUUACUACUAAUAUUAUAAUUGUUAUGGAUGACUAUGUUUGUGUGUGUGUGUGUGUGUUGUACAUUGAAAUAGUUCACUUCUGUAAGUGUGUAAUGUUAUGGUGUAAUAAGUCUAUAAUAAUCUGUAGUAUGCGCGUUCUUCCCCCCCCCCACACACACACAAACAAACGCUGUAGAGUGUGAGUAAAUUAAAGUGAAAGUGAUCAAGAAAGCAACAGAAUAUAUAAAGCAUAUAAUUUACUGGAUGGUGGUUAACGUGACUAAGUUGAGAGUUUGUUUUUUUUCUUCCAGUAGUUUGCCUUUCGUUUGUUUUUUCUUCUCACGAAAAUUUUACUUUUAUAAUCAAUUUUAUGGUGAAUUAGAGAUCUGUAUUUCUUUUUUUGUUAACCGGAUGAUGGGGUUUCAUUUUGUAAUUGUAAUGUUUGGACUUAUAUUAUCUUUAACGUACACAGUAACAAUAAUAAAGGAACUCUAACAUGUGAAAAUGAUUUUUGUGUUUUUUUUUCUGUCUUGCUCUAUUUCUGGCAGUUUAUGCUUUGUGUAAAGCAAGUGAAGAUACUAAUGACCUCGAAAUUGAGUAUAAGUUGAUAUUGAACAUUGAAUUGAAUUUCGAUCAAGAGUAAUCACCUACAUACUUUCUGUAUGAUAAAUAUAAUCUAUUUGAACUACAUAUAGCUAAAUACCGGUAAACAGUUAUUUAAUAAAGAUAUCUACGACGAUUAAACCAUAUUAUCACUGCUAAGUCAAUAUCAAGAUAGCUAAUUCUAAUUGUCUUUGGAAAGUUAGAUCAAAUUGCAUUCUGAUACUUUUGUAAACCAACCUAUUAGUCUACAGAAAACGGGAAAUACUUCGAAAACUUUACUCUAAAUGUUAGUUUAUCUACAAAAAACAUAAGGGUGUUUAUAGGGCUACGGUUAAAUGAGCAUUUCUAGGAGGUUUUUAGGAAACAUUCUAAAAUUGUUAACAAAUUUCAUG